GCGCGGACCCGCCUGCGCGCCGCGGGGCCACGGAGCCGAAGCCUCCCCUCCGGACGGGCCCCGCGUUGCGCUGCCGGAGCCGCGUCUCCUGAGGGCUCGGCUGCCGGCCGGGGCUCGGGCAGGGGCCCGGGCCCCCGGGACAUGGCCCUCCGGCGUGAGCAGCGCGACGGCCCUACUUCCAGCCGCUGGGAGGGUGGCACUCGGAAGGCAGACCUCAACACCAAAAGGAAAAAGAAAGUGGCAGAGAUAUACCAGGCUCUGAACAGUGAGCCCACUGACGUGGCUGCCCUCAGACGCAUGGCUAUCAGUGAAGGAGGACUCCUGACCGAUGAAAUCAGACAAAAAGUGUGGCCCAAGCUCCUCAAUGUCAGCACCAGUGACCCACCACCUGUACCAGGAAAGAACCUACGGGAGGUGAGCAAGGACUACCAACAAGUGCUGCUGGACGUCAGGCGGUCAUUACGGCGCUUUCCCCCUGGCAUGCCAGAUGAGCAGAGGGAAGGGCUCCAGGAAGAGCUCAUCGAUAUCAUCCUCUUCAUCUUGGAGCGGAACCCUCAGCUGCACUACUACCAGGGCUACCAUGACAUUGUGGUCACCUUUCUGCUGGUGGUAGGCGAGAAGUUGGCAACAUCCUUGGUAGAAAAGUUAUCUACCCACCACCUCAGGGACUUCAUGGAUUCCACAAUGGACAACACCAAGCACAUAUUAAACUACCUGAUGCCCAUCAUUGACCAGGUGAAUCCAGAACUCCAUGAUUUCAUGCAGAGUGCUGAGGUGGGAACCAUCUUUGCGCUCAGCUGGCUCAUCACCUGGUUUGGGCAUGUCCUGUCUGACUUCAGGCACGUGGUGCGGUUAUAUGACUUCUUCUUGGCCUGUCACCCACUUAUGCCCAUUUAUUUCGCAGCUGUGAUCGUGCUGUACCGUGAGCAGGAAGUCCUGGACUGUGACUGUGACAUGGCCUCAGUCCACCACCUUUUGUCCCAGAUCCCUCAGGACUUGCCCUAUGAGACUCUGAUCAGCAGGGCAGGAGACCUUUUUGUUCAGUUUCCCCCUUCUGAGCUCACACGAGAGGCAGCUGCUCAGCAGCAGGCUGAGAGGACAGCGGCCUCUACUUUCAAAGACUUCGAGCUGGCAUCAGCCCAGCAGAGGCCAGACAUGGUGCUUCGGCAGCGGUUUCGGGGACUUCUGCGGCCUGAGGCUCGAACAAAGGAUGUCCUGACCAAACCAAGGACCAACCGCUUUGUGAAACUGGCAGUGAUGGGGCUGACAGUGGCGCUUGGAGCAGCUGCGCUGGCGGUGGUGAAGAGCGCCCUGGAGUGGGCCCCGAAGUUCCCGCUCCAGCUGUUCCCCUGAGCGUGGGCCACUUAUCACAGCGCAUCCAGGCCUUGCCUGCCCUUCUGUGGAAGGACUGAGGGAGGCGUUUCCUUGAAUUAAAGGGCUCCAGGUCAGGGUGUUCUGUUUCUGCCACCCUUUGCUGCCUGUGUGGCCGUGGCUGAGGGCACAGCAGAGCCAGCUGGUGCUGCAGGCUCUGGGCCAGGCGCAUCACUCCACACACCUGAGCUCUGCUGUGCUGCUCCCUGCCUGCUGGAGGAUGUGGGCUUUUAGCUGGGAGUCUCUGGGCCCAGACUUGGGGUGCCACAGGAAGAAAGGGGUCACUGCUAAAGAGAUCGGGCCUCAGGUGAGAGUGAGAGGGCAGAGGACGCCAGCUGGGAGCCAGAUGGGCCUUCUCAAGAGCAUCUCUUUUUGCUGGCCAGAAACCAGACGAACUAGGUCACUGGUUAAGUCCUACCCAGCUUCUGCCUAGAAACCACAUUUCUGUACCAGGCAUUUCCAGUGCAGCAGGAAGAAAUAUUCCUAAACUGGUUUCCCUGCCUUCUACCGCCUACCCCAUUCUCUUGUACAAAAGAGAUCAUUUAUAGAAGACACUUUUAUUACUAUUUUUAGAAUUAUACACACCUAAUAUAUAAGAUAGUUUCACUUUACCAAGUUCCUUCAUGGAAAGAAAUGGUCCUCAUCAGAAAGAUGCUUCUAAGCAUUUAUGCUUCUGUAACAUUUCUCGUUUGCCAGAGAUGCUGUUUGUAAACAGACCAACACUUCCAAAGUACCCACCUCCUAAGCACCUUUCCUUGUUUCCUGUUUAUCACAAAUCUUCCUUCUCCUCCCAGCUAGGCCCACUCUACCUUACGUUAUCUUGGUUUGAUUGGUCCUCAACGGCUGGUCUCUCCACCUCGAUGGAAAUGUCAGGGGAAACUGACUGGCCCUGAGGAGUGGGGUGGCAGCCACCAACAGCUGGUCUUCCCCAGACUCCUCCAAGGACCUGCAGGCCUUGGGAGCAAGAGCAAGUCUCAGAUCUGGAAAAGCUUUCCUGUAAGCAAAGCCAGGUUGGUUUUAUGUUCACUUUGGCUUGAAAAUAGAAAGUGCCUUUUGCUGCUUUAAAGAAUUGGAGUGUGUAGUACAAAGCAGCCACGUACUGUCAUUGUUCUGGUGGUUUGCUUCUCUUCUCUUGGGCAGCUUAUCCAAGUGGACAAGCUGGAAGCCGCCUUCCCGCACCCGAGUGUGCGUGUGCAGGGUGGGUGGCCAGGCUGCUCAGCAGAGGUGUCUGCAUGCUACAGUAAACACUUUGAACCCAGACAAGCUCACCAUGGCCAUCACCACACAGGAGCCCCAUCUAAGGGGAGAUUCAUCAGCACAGCAGUACGUCGCACCAGGAUCCAGAGAUGACAGUGGCAGGUGUGCCCAGUCUUGUCCUCCCGCAAGUUUGGCCCAGUUUCUCUACAGAGGACACAGCAUCUGCUCCUCAGGCCAUAAGCACUCAAGCCUGCUGGUAAAUCGGAAGGAAUCAUGGGGAGGGAGGUGCUAUAGCCCAAGGAGAAAAUUCAUGUGGUAGCUUUGCUCACACCAGGAUUCUCUGCCACUGAGAAGCAUCUAUUUACCUUCAGGUGAUUUACUUAUUCUGUAAAGAAUAUGUGUAAAUAUUUUGUACAGAGCCCUGUAUGAAAUAAACAGCCAUACAUGGUUACAGAUCUCA